AUGAUUGAUCUGUCGUCACAAAUGAAAAAACUUGAUGCACAAAUGGCAAAAUUACAAACGGAGUUGAAAAGUCUUGAAAAACAAUUGAAAACACUUUACAUGGAAAAUGAAAAACUUACAAAUAUCUCGGAAAAAGGAAAAGACUGCACAGAUCUUUACAGAAAAAGUAUAGGACACAAUGGAAUAUACAUGGGAAAAGACUGUGCAGAUGUUUACAAAAAAGGUGAAAAAAACAACGGAGUGUAUCAAAUUGAUCCAGAUGGCCAGGGUUAUUUCAAUGUUUUCUGUGAUAUGAAGACAUCUGGUGGUGGUUGGACUGUGUUUCAAAGACGUCAGGAUGGAAGUGUAGACUUUUAUCGAAAUUGGAAAAACUAUACACAAGGAUUUGGUAAUCUUACUUCUGAAUUCUGGCUUGGAUUGGAUAAAAUAUACCGACUAACAUUAGCCAAGAGAAAUAAACUUCGUGUUGACCUGGGAGACUGGUCAGGAAACAAAGCAUAUGCUGAAUAUGAUUAUAUUGCUGUAAAGAAUGAAACACAUAAAUAUCAGUUGAGUCUUGGUGCAUAUUCUGGAAAUGCUGGAGAUUCAUUAUCUUAUCAUAAAAGCAUGGCGUUUUCAACAAAAGAUUCCGAUAAUGAUCAAAGUGGAGGAAACCGUGCCAUUGACAGGAAAGGUGCUUGGUGGUAUAAGAGUUGUUAUGAUUCUAACCUGAAUGGACACUACUAUAGUGGAGCAUACAGUAGUUGGACUGGUGUGGUUUGGUAUGAUUGGAAAGGUCGUAAAUCCUUAAAGUUCACUGAGAUGAAAAUAAAACCAUAAAGAAUUUCCAAACACUGUGAUGUCAUAAAUUUGAUCAUUAUUUCUAAUGAAACUUUCAACAUAUAAUAACAAAAAAUAACUUUUAUGUCUUUUAAAGAUCCUUUAUAAUCAUUAUCAUUUAAAAAAGCGUUGAAAAAAUAGUUAAAAAUACUGUGGUGAAAUAAUAACUUUCUAAUAUUUUCGCUAAAAUUAGAGCUGAUUUAGGUAAUUAUGUGAUUCUAAUGUUACGUCUUUUCACUCAUUUCUUUAAUGAGAUAGUGCUCUGUAAGUAACUAAUUCUAUCUUUUUGCCAGGUUCCACGCAGUCUUGGUGUAUCAUGCAUUUCAUGUAAUUAUUUUACAUCAUUAUUCACUAUGUAA